AACUACUUGAUUUCGGUGAAUAUUAAUUCAUUGGCGUUCGUCACCGGGGGGAUCCGAUGAUAUUUUUUAACUAAAAGUUUAUUAAAAUCUAUUGUAAAUGAUACGAUAUUGAGGAUAACGGUGAUUUAUAACUGUUUUUGGUAGAUUUAUUUGGUAUUUAAGUUAGAAAUAUAAUUAUUUUUACUUAAUAAUGGUCAGUGACGAGUCGAUAAUGUGAUGAAAUUUUUACGUUGUCACAUAGUUGCCACAUCUAUAAACUAAAAGUUCGUUACUUAUUGAUAUUGUUGCGAAAAAAGUCGCUGUAACUGGGAAAUUAAUUAAAACGAAAAUAUUAUUAAUACAAAGAUAUAUUAUAAUGGUGAUAUUAGAAAUUUUUACUUCAAUAGUUUUAUACGCAUUGGUUGAAUUUAUUUGAUUUGACAACGUCGGUUAGACGCCAUGUUGUGUCCAAAUUUGUCGGUUUGCGAUUGCGUCGAUUUUGCGCAGCAGUUUCGUUCUUUCCUUCUCUUUCCGGCGUACCGGAAAUGGUAGAAAAUUUAAAAAAAUAAUGGUCUUGUGUAAAUAAUUUUAUUCUAAAACACUUUAAAAUGAAACUGGCACUAAUUCUGAGCAGUAUGAACGUAAAAUGCGCCAUAAUUUCGCCUAAAAAUGAAUAAUCCGUUCGAUCGCUAUGAUAGCGACAUCUUCAAUUUACGCUUGAAGUUAUAUCCUGAAAGCUUGGAUUGGACGUCAGGGCACACCGAGAAAAUCAAUUUUCUGUCCGAAGUUCCAGUGUUUGUGCUAAAAAUAGACGUAUUUUCGGUGUAAAUUCCUGAGUGACAAUACCGCGAGUGUAAAAUAAACCGCUUUCCAAACGCGAAAAUCCUACAAUCGAAAAUUAUAAUUGCAAGUUGUCAUGGCGGCCGUUCGAUCGACCAAUGGGAACGCUUGAUGCGUCGGUUGUUGAAGUGUUCUUUUUCGCUUCGUGAAUACGCGUCAUUCGGGUAUUCGGCGAUUUUUUUCGAAGGAAUUGUGCUAGAGGCGAGCGUCGAACGGGAAAAUGCGAUGAAAACGCUCGAGGAAAUGGAUUCCGGCCAUAAAUCACCCGAAGCAUCGACGCCAGACGCGUUUUCGGCCGUUCGUCACGUGACCUACCCGAUUAUUAUGGCGAAAUAAUCGAGUCGCCUGCGAACUGCGAAAUGAUCCGUCAAACCAGCACGAACCGUUUCGAGUGUUAAACAUUUUUGACAUUCGCAUUUUGUGUGUGUGUGUAUACAAGGUUUGUUUUCCUAAUAUACCACGUGCAAUUUAGCUACUGAUUGACAGUUGACCAGCGCGAUGUCAACAAGAGGCAUGAAAAAGAGGGGGCGUCCCCCUAAGGUGCAAGUGGCCGAAAGAACCAAAAAGUUUCAAUACCACCUGCUGAAGAAACCCAAAUAUCUGUUGAAUUACAAACCGCCUGAAUCGCAGUCGAGCACGCCUACGGCGUCGCGGGCCUCCUCGCCGCAGGAGAGCGAGUCCAGCAGGCGCAGCAGCAACCGCAUAAGAGGCAAGGAUGGCCACAGGGCGAGCAGGAAGUCGGGCUACGUCGGCUCGGCGUACCAACGCAGGGGCUACAACACCCACACGGAGUACCACGAGUCCGAGUACCACUACGGUUCGGACUUCGGGGACGAUUCGAGCGACAACAAGAGCGACAUCGAAGACGAGCUGGGUGCGUCGGAGAGCGAAUCUGAGGGUUCGGUGGGCGAUCCGAGUAGUGAUAGUGACUUUUCGUUAAGUAGUUAUAGUACAAUGAGUGGAACGCCUCGGAAGGGGAUCAGUGUAAAUAGGGCGCCGACGCCGGAGCCGCCGUUGUGGUUGCAAAACCGAGAAAUACCUCCAUUAGCGUUACCGAAAUCCUCGGACGAUUUGCUAGUACCUAAGGAUAAAAUAAUACAAGUCGUUAGUAUUUACGAAGUGCUGAGGCACUUUAGGAAUCUCGUGCGAUUGUCGCCGUUCAGGCUCGAAGACUUUUGCGCCGCUAUCGUUUGCGAGGACCAAAGCAGCCUCUUGGCCGAGAUCCACAUAAUGCUCGUCAAGGCGCUGCUGAGAGAAGAGGACUCGCAACAGACCCAUUUCGGACCGCUCGAUCAAAAAGAUAGCGUUAAUAUAUCCUUGUACCUGCUGGACUACAUUACGUACCCCGAAGUAUUAAGAGCGUACGUCGAAAGCGACAAAUCAUUCGACCAAAACGUAUUGGACAUACUAUCGAAUAACGAUUACCCAUUCACAUCGCUGGACGACAGAAUUAAAGUCCUGCAAUUUCUAACCGAUAGUUUCUUGACCACGAACCCCGUUCGAGAAGAUUUACUUAGCGAAGUUCCCAUGCAUUACGAUGACCACUGCAGGGUGUGCCACAAACUGGGCGAUUUGCUCUGCUGCGAAACGUGCCCGGCUGUGUACCACUUGGAGUGCGUGGAUCCCCCCUUGACGAACAUCCCCGAGGAGGACUGGCAAUGUGGCAUUUGUCGAUCCCACAAAGUCUCCGGAGUCGUCGAUUGCGUGCUGGAUUUGGAAAAACAGGGCCAGCUGUCGCGACAGGAGCCCCUCGGGUACGACAGGCACGGCAGAAAGUAUUACUUCUUGUGUAGAAGAUUGAUCGUCGAGAGCCAAGACGGGGAGAUUCAUUACUAUACGACUACUCUACAGUUCAAAGAGCUCAUGAAAGUGUUGGAUUCGAAAGACAUGGAAGGGGCGCUGUCGAGAGAAUUGAACGAUUAUAGCGAAGAAAUCACGAGACAAAUGGAAUUGACCGAGAAACUCACCAAUCAAUACAAAGGCAACAAAAAGACAUACUUGGACGCUGAGAACGCAGCUAUAACAAAAUUGAACAAAGAAUUAGAGGAAAAACACGAUAAGGACAAAGGAACCGAUACAGCAAAAGUAAAAGAAGACAUGGAAACCGAUAACGUACCGAUGGUAGUGGAAAAUACCGAAGUAGUAACCACCAGCCCUCUCGAUUCGACCAUGGACACCGAAACCUCGAAAACGGAAGAAGAACCGGACGAGGAAGACAACGGUAAAUCCAAAGAAGUUCAAACCCGAUCGAAGAGCGCCACGACGCCCCAAACGCCUCGAACCUUCAAUCUCGAAGACUUGCGAAAAAAGAGCCUCGGCGGGCUCCUAAGCAGAGAGAGGGACGACGACAAAGACGAAUCUCGCAUGACGCGGCUCAAAUCCAGCCAAAUAGCCAACGGCACGUAUCUAUUCAAACUCGGCAUGGAGAACACGUUCAAAUUAUACGUCAACCAAUUCGCCACCAACGUGAUCGCCUUGAACAAACCCCAGCGCAACGAGGAGCGCGACAAGAAGCGCCACCUGUCGCACAAGUUCUCCCUCACGCCCGCCUCCGAAUUCAAAUGGGUGGGCGCCGUGAGCGGCUCGAAGGGCCUGCUCGGCAACACGCUGCGCCAGACCGUCUUGCAGUUGGAGCAACAGCUCCAGGCGCCGUUCAUGCACACCAAUUGGCCGCUGUUGCGCAAGACCUGGCUGACGGUGGUGGGCAAUUGCCAGCGGCCGAAGGACUUCGCCAAGGCGCUGGUGGUGCUGCAGGCGUGCAUCAAGCCCGUCGUGUUCGCCAACGUGUGGCACGAGCACCUCGGUCACGUCAAGUUGGCGCGCGUGACGGCGGCCGAGCGCGAGGAGCGCAAGAAGCUCGAGAAGCGCGAGAAGAAGGAGCGCGAAGAGGAGGAGGAACGGAACCGGAUGAUCAUCAGCGGGUACGUGAAGUACACGAUGAGCUUCAAGCACCAGCUGUGGAAGCAGAAGGGCGAGGAGUACAGGAUACACGGUCGUUGGGGUUGGUUGUGGAUACGGACGCCGAGGAAUUUCCAACACGUCGAUUCUAGACGGUUGGGUUUGAGCGAGCCGCAGAAGGUGAUGGUGCAUUUGAAGGAUGCGAACGGCAGCAAAGUGAUGGGUUUGGAUCCGGCUUCGUAUAAAUAUCUCAAGAGCGAAAAUUUGGAGGAUUCCGAGGCGUUUGCCGCGCUAAAAAACGCCGAAAUCGUACCUCCCGUUGCUAAAGUCGAAGAAAUCGAUAUCAGCAAAGCUCUGGUAGCGCCUGGACGUAUUUUGUACCCCAAAGUAGCCAAAAAGACGAAAUUAGACACUCUUCUAGCUAGGAGAAUGCAAUUAAAAACGCUGGAGGAGCACAAAUUCUCGUUGAUCAAAUCGGAGGAGGCCAAAAAGGACGAAGAUAUCGAUGUGGAAACGGAAGAGGAAUCCGCCAACGAUGGCAUCGACAAGCAACUGAAUAGCAUGAUGUCGGGUAAAAUCACCCUAACGAACAACCAACAAACGCCUAACAGAGAAGUAUUAAAUUCGAUCGCUAAGCGUAUACACGUAUUGAGAACGCAAUACACUUCGAUAGCUCGACUGGCCAAAGACUUCCAGUGUUACGUAAAAGGCUGCAACUCGGGAGCCGGUAAUACUCUAGAAACCUCCUGUUAUUCCCCCAUGUGUAUGCAACGGGUGAGAGUACGAAAGGAUCUACUAAACCUAUUGAGAAAGGCUAACCUAGCGACGAAUUCCUCCGUUAAACUCACAGCGCUAACGCCAACGGGCAAGAAAACCUCGAUAUUGGAGCAAACCCUCAAGGCUCCGCAGCUAUCGAUCGUGCACAAAGACAAAUCCACCGAACCGCCAUCGAAGGAAACCAUAUGCAAAGGUCUGUUAACGGCCUAUAACUCCGCCGUUAAAAUCGACGAUCAAUCCGACGUGUACAAACCGAUGGAGGAACCCGAGAUUAAAGAGGAGAUCAAAACCGAAAUCGAGCCGAAGAAACCCAAGCUGGAGCUGACCGACGAGUUGGACUUGAAGGCCAUCUCGCCCGAAACCAUCAAAGAGAUCAUCGGCGGCUCCGCGGUGAGCGACAGCUGCUCCAAAAACGUCGACGUGACCGGCAUAUCGGGCGAUACACACGCCGGUACUUUGAAGACGUUAAACGCCAAAACGUCCUCGUACAGCGCCCAACAGAACCGACGGUUCUGCGCUUUCAGGCUCGGCUCGAAGCGCGAGGAACGCGCCGUUAAAACCGAACACGCCGCCGACGGUUCGCGACGCGUCUACUCGACGCGCUCCACCGAAGGCAAGAUUGUCCUCAAGAAACUCCCGUCGUCGGAGGCGAAGCGCAAGAACAAACAGAUAGUCAAAUACCCCGCCUGCUCCACGUUCAAAACCCUCAAAUCCUCCUCGUCGCUGCUGGUUCUACCGCCGCACGAUGUGCGCAAACUCGCCCGCAACGCCGGCAGGGUGUACGCGCCCGGUUUCAACGUGAUAGCCAAGGCGAACAACAACGUGUGGCCGUACCCGUGCGCCCGGCCGCUCUUCAAAACCUGCUGGAUCUAUCGCACGGUGAAUUUGAAAUCGCUGGCGUGCGCGGCGCUGCAGCUGAAGAUCCUCUGGGCCUGUCUGCGAUGGGACGACAUGCAAACGAAGCCGCAGAACGCCGACGGCAAGCACCAGAUCACCACCGAGACCGAGAUACUGUCGCUCGAGUUGCUCAAGCACCGGCACGUCGGCCAGUUUUCGGAGAAGACGCAGUACUUGCGCAGGAAGGUGGUGAUACCGUUGGAGUUGCCCAAGACUAUUAGAGAAGUUACUUCGAUAAGGAGCGGUUUGAGGAAGAGGAAACGACCGGAAUCGCCGCAGAAUAUGGAUCCGCAAGUGACCGAGGAAUGGGUGGACGAGGAUAAACUCGAGCUGUGGGAGAUUAAGCAGUAUGGAGAGAAGUUGGAAAGGGCUAAUCAGCCGAAUAAUAAUCCCAUAACUAGGAGCCGCACCGGCCACCUGCCGCCUCCGAAGCCCCUCUUGGAAUCGACCGAUAUCAAGGUGGCGGUGAGCGGCAAGGCGUCGGCGGAGGAGAUCAAGGAGAAGAUGGAGCAACAGUUGCGCUUGCAGAGGGCCGCCCACCAGCAGAAGCGAGCGUUGGAAAUCAAAAAGGGCGGUUUGCUGGAGGUCGUCGGGACCACCGCGCAAGCGUCCUCUGCUAGUACAACUACAGUAACUACAACCAAACCAACGACAUCUACGAGUAACGCUCAGUCAUUGCAACCGAUACAACCUAAAGUAACGACAACGGUCGACGGGCAAAUGAAGAUAGUGAAGAACGUAGUGGUGCCCAGCCAGGCGGUAAUCAGCGGCAAAAACACCCUGACGUCCCUUCUGACAUCUAAUACGGCCAAAUUAGCCGGCAGGCGUAUACUGAUGACCAAAGGCCCCGACGGUACAACUCGAGUCAUCACCGGCACGUCGAAUAUACUGCCCAAAGCGCUGCCCACCACGCAACAGAGCCUGAUCAAAACCGUCGUUACGGGACAACAAGUCCAGGCCGCCGUACAACCGCAACAAACAAAUGCAUCGACACCGACGGUAGUCAAUCAAUCACAAACCACACCGGCCGCUCUGGCCGCCCAGACGACGAAAGACACGCCGCAACGCGUUCAAAUCAUGCGCACGCCCGACGGCCGGAUAACGGUCAAGGGCCUGCUGCCCGGCCAACAGCUCGUCCAGUACCCGGACGGUAAGCUGCAGGUGCUGACGACGUCGCAACUCCAAUCGUCCGGUUUGACGACGGCCAAGGCGCCGACGACGCCGACGACGCCGGCGCCCGCUGUCGCCAAGGCCGUCGUUAAACAGGCCGUACAAACGACCGUAGGUACCAAGACGGUGGUCCAAGGCGGCGCUAAACCGCUGCAGAUCAAUUCGCAAGCCGCCAAACCCGCCCAACCGCAACAACAGAUCAUCCUCAAGCAAACCCCGACGGGCCAACAGGUCGUCCAGAAGGUCACCCAAGGUAACGUGGUGUUGGCUCAAAGCGGACCCGUGCUGCAACAACAGGUGUUGUUGAGCACCAAUCAAGUCAUUACCUCCAAUCAGAACGGACAACAGGUGAUAACGAAUCAAAUAGUGGUGAACAACCAAACGCUAGCGCAACAAUUAGCCACCGGUAAGGUCCAAGUGGCCACAAUCAACGGUCAACAAGUCCUCAUUCGACCAACCGGCAACAAUCAAGCGCAAGUGGUGGCCCAAUUGACGCCGGGACCGAUCGCUGCGCAAACCGUACAACCUGCAGUCAAGCAAAUCGUACGACCCGCCGACGCUCUGCAACCCAUCGCGCAGAAGCAACAGACCAAACAAGACGUCACUCCACAACAACCGGUCCAAUCGGGCAAUCAGGCGAUCCAGCAGGCGUUGCAGAGCCCGCCGAAGGCGGCGCAGGACGGUCAAAUCGACCAGGCGACGAUGGAUCAGCUGCUGGUCGGCCAGCCGCCGGGCACGGUGAUCAAGUGCGUCACGGCGCAGGUGAUACAGACGCAACAAGGGCCGAGGAUCGUGUUGCAGGGCUUGCAGGGCGCCGAUUUUACGCCGCAACAAUUGGCGGCCGUGCAACAGCAGGUCAAGCAGCAACUGUUGAAAGCUCAAGCGUCGACGGGCAAACAAGGCGUAUUGGGCCCCACGAAGAUAUAUUUGGCUGUGCAGCCCAACAGUUCGGACCAAGUGAGCGAGGCCACUUCGAAGAAUCCGCCUCCGCUCGCUCCCGUUCAACAAUCGGUCGCUCAGAAUGUUGUUACCGCAGCGAAACAAACUCCCCUCAAACAGACGCCUCAGGUGUCGGACGGUCAAACGCAAGUGCGUCAAAUACUGGUGAACGGUCAGCAGUCCCAAACGACGUCGGCGUCGGUGCCUCAACCUGUCGAGAAUACAGCCCAGCAGAAUGUCCAGCCGAUGGCGUCGGACGCCAACAAGCAGUUUGUUAUUACGCCAGAUUAUAUUCAACAAACGAUCAGGACGGCCCUGAAGCAGGAGAACCUCAACCCCGAGAUCGAGGAGAAGCUGCUGAUGCUGCAACGCUACCAGGAGCGCCAGAUGAAGCAGGAGCCCGAGGCGGCCUCGUCCCUCACGAAGCUCAGCCAGCCGAUCGUCAACUCGCGCCAGCCGGGCGCCGCGACGCGCAAACGCCCGCUCAGCUCGUCCAAGAACGACGACGCCGAUUGGGUGAUGGAGACGCCCAAGCGCAGCAGGCCCAGCCGGACCGCCGCCGGCGCCGGCGAUGUCAAAAAACCCGAAAUAGAAACGCACCCAGAACCCGUCAAGGAGAAGAUCCUUUCUCCCAGGACCAAGGUGAAAAUCAAAGAGGUAUCGGAGCCCGAUAAGAAGGUCACUAUGAGGACGAAAAUAUUAGUCACGCUGUUUAGGCACAAGGAACUCCUCAAGAAGGACAUCCUUCGAAAACGGGCUCUCUUGGAGAAGGAAUUACAAUACGAAAUACAGCGAGAAGUGGCCGAAGAACUGGCGACCCGUACGAAGAUCGAAAGGACCAAGCAGGACGAGGUGCGGACGGGCAGCAGCAAACGGAAGUCGGCCGCGACGGCGACGACGCCCGCCAUACCGGCGCCGCAGGUGAAGACGUCGUCGAGGCACAAGCGCAACCAGAAGCACGGACCGCCGGGCUCGUCGCCCCCGUCGGCGGGGUCUCCGUCGAAGGGCCACGGCAAAAAGGAGAAGGUCUACUGCGUCUGUCGGACGCCCUACGACGAGACGAAGUUCUACGUCGGUUGCGAUCUGUGCAACAAUUGGUUCCACGGCGAUUGCGUCGGCAUCACGGAGGAGAGCAGCAAAAUUAUGACGGAGUUUGUGUGCAACGAGUGCAAACAGGCCAGGGAUACGCACAAGUUGUACUGCUUGUGCCAGCAGCCCUACGAUGAAUCACAGUUUUACAUAUGCUGCGAUCGAUGCCAGGACUGGUUUCACGGGCGGUGCGUCGGCAUAUUGCAAUCCGAAGCGGACAAUAUCGACGAGUACAUUUGCCCGAGAUGCCAGAGGAAUAACUCGGUGAAUUUCGCGAAUAUGAAGGAUUUGUCGGCGAAGGAUUUCGAAGGAUUAAAGAAGUUGAUCAAGCAACUGCAGGCGCAUAAAAGCGCUUGGCCUUUUAUGGAACCGGUCGAUCCUACGGAAGCUCCGGAUUAUUACAAGGUUAUCAAAGAGCCUAUGGAUCUACAAAUGAUAGAAGGUAAAAUCAACGAGCAGGUUUAUACGAAAUUGAGCGAAUUCAUAGGAGAUAUGACGAAAAUAUUCGACAAUUGUCGAUAUUACAACCCGAAAGAAUCGCCGUUUUACAAGUGCGCCGAAUCAUUAGAGGCGUAUUUUGUAAAUAAAAUCAAAUGUCUGAGAGACAAGUUAUUUGAGAACAAUAAGUGAAGUGUAUAAUGAAUAAAAAAACAAGUUUUUAAUGAGUAAGAUUUGCCCAGGACUUUCAGCAGAUUUGAAACGAUCUCAGCUUUGUUUUUUUUGUAGUAAAUUUGUGGUAUAUUUAUAUAAGUAAUUAUUAAAAUGUUACGAUCUGCUUAAAGUCUUUUGAAACACAACAAACUAGUGUAUAUAAUUAUAAACUUUAUAAUAUGCGUAUGAAUGCAAUUUUAUUUUGUAAUUAAUAUUUUGAUAAUGAUUUUGUUAUUUAUUAUCCGUACAAAGUGUUUAAUUAAUUCAAUCCUUUAAAAAUAGUUGCUGUACAAUUCCAUGGUAAUAAAUUAUAAAUUUUCAUGUGACUUUUAGUGAGUGGUUCUAUAGCAAAUGAACAUGAUACUAUAAUACAUUUACAUUGUGAAUGUAUGCAUUUUUUUGUAAAUACAUAAGUUUAGUGCCAUAAUGAUUAUAUUAUCACUUUUAAUGUUUUUAGUUUGGAAAAUGACUUUUGAUAUCAGUAAAUAAUCGAUAAAACUUAUGGAAUGCGUUUAAAUUUAAUGGUAAUAAAA